AUGAAGUUUGCCCACAUCCGACAGCAGAAGGACUUGGAGGAAUUGAGAAGACUGGACUUCAAAGCUUUCGAAACGUUGGAUGAUGCAGAGACAGAAAAGAAACCAUAUUGUGUUUGUCUCCUGUGCUAUGAUGAUCGUGCAGUCAGCUUGUACUGCUCCCUGGUGAAGCCGUCCUACAAGAGGACUGGUGGCCCACCGUACGCCCUGAAUGGUAACGGCAAUAUGACAACCCAUGUCCAGGCUAAGCAUGCGGAAGUCUGGGAGGCGAUGAAAGCAUUGAAACACAACUACAAAUACGAAGAAGGCCACGCUACUGGCAACUUUGGUGAUGAUGUUGGUCGUGCAACACGUCCACGCCCGACUGCUGUUUUCUCACCCUCCACCGCCGGUACUGCAAUUACCGGGAUCCUCCAUCUCAGGUGA